CCUGUGCAAUGUAGGUGAGUGUGGCUGCCCAGCAGGGAUACAUUGAGGCUUUGUGGGUCUGUGCAGACAACUUUUGGGUGCCGUGGAGUUGUUUGAGCUCCUGACUGUUCUUUAGCAUCCUCCCAGUGUGGGUCAGAGGCUUGGCAGGGCCAGUCCCUGUAUUGUGGGACUCCCUGAAGUGCUGGCAACUGGUCAGCACCCAAAGUCAAAUGUUUCCUGCAUGAGAAUAAAGGUUCUGCCAAGUGCUGGUGCCCCACAACUGUGACAUGGUGGGGUUGGGGGGGAGGUGCUCUGCUUUAUGGGGUGCUGAGAUGGUCAGCCCCUGCUCUGCACACAUCUCCACAUCAUUUAAAGACCUGCAGCCCCAUGUCCCAGGGCUGCGCCCCACAGUGGGGCUGGCACCGUGCACCCCAAACACCCCCUGGUGCCUACAGCUGGAUGGAGCUGAGCAAAGUGGGAGGUGUUCCCCAGCACACCCCCCCCCCCUUUAGUUGCCACCCAUCCCCAGGAACGCCUCCCACACCCCAGGGAGGAGCAGCAGUGCCUGCCCCAGCACGCAGUGGCUGUGGGGGUGGUGGGAGCCGAUGGAGCCGCGGUGGCAUUACCAGUUCCGGGUGAUCAUGUUGGGGGAUUCAACGGUGGGCAAAUCCUCCCUGCUGCGGCGUUACACUGAGGGGGUCUUCCUGGAUGCCAUCAACCAGACGGUGGGGGUGGAUUUCUACGUCCAGUUUGUGGAGUUGGAGCCGGGGCUGCAGGUCAAGCUGCAGUUCUGGGACACGGCUGGGCAGGAGCGUUUCAGGUCUGUCACCCGCUCCUAUUACCGCAACUCAGCAGGAGGGAUGCUGCUCUUCGACCUGACCAACCGCGCGUCCUUCGAGAGCGUCCGCCGGUGGCACCAGGAGGUGACAGACACCAUCCGACCUUCCCACGUUGUUUUCCUACUGGUGGGACACAAAAGCGACCUGGCUGCGGAGCGCAAGGUGGGCAGGAGGGAGGCGGAACGGCUGGCGGCCUCGUUGGGCGCUCAAUACAUCGAGACCUCGGCCAAGGACGGCAGCGAUGUGGAGCGGGCGUUCCAGAUGUUGACCGCAGCCAUUUACCAGGCGCUGCAGAGUGGGCUGCUGCCACCGUGUGAGGCGUGGGACGGCGUGAAGAGCAGAGUCCCGCUGCCAGCACCUCGCCCAAAGGAUGAGGAGAAGCGGAAGAGAUGCGCGUGUUAACAAGGGGUUGGAGGUGCCGAGGAGGUAGGAAGAGCGGUGGGCCAUGGCAUUAAAUAGCACUGACUCACCCGUUUUCCCGGGACAGGGGAGGUGCCACGGCCCCAUUCCUCCUCAUCCCCCCCUCUUACAAAGCGGUUCCCAGACAGCGAGCACAGCACGCAGCCCCUCCAUGUGCUGUCGGGUCCCAAAACCUGUUUACUCUCCAGCAGGGAGCUCCCUCAGCUCGGUGCCCUGCAGCACCAGGCCACGCUUUGGGCAGCACCCUGGGAACAGACGGCAGCUCUGCGCCCCAGGAGCCGCCUCUCCCUCCCGAGCACCGGUCAGACCUGCCCCAGCUGCACUUAGUGCACGGACAGAGCCCUCACCUACCAACAAAGUGGGUUUCACCCACGGGUGCCGGUAGCCCGAGCCCCAGCAGUGAGCUCUGCACUGAGGCAGCAGCAUCCACAACCUCCCUUUCUUUGCAGGGAGCCCGCAGAGCUGCCCUCCCUCCCCACUGCAUCCCACAGCAGCUGUAGUAUCUCUGAUGCAUAUAGUGUGGGCAGAGCAGAUGCUGGGCUGUGAGCCUUCUUCAUGCCCCAGGGAAACAGAACACACUCAUUUCUUACCCUUGGCCAACACAACCCUCCUGCCUGCAUCCAAACGGGCUGAGCCACAGCAGGUCCUGAUGCAGUGAGCACAGAGCAGAGACCAUCAAAGUCCAGCACAGAUCUCACGCACAGACACCAGGCUCACCCCACAGCUGCCUCUUUCCCCUGGUUUUAGAUGAAUAAUUUCUUUAUUCAUGUAAAACAAACGCAAGUAUUUUUAUAUAAACACUGACAUUACAAAGUACGGGAGCAGGGAGGGGUAUGAAGGAGGAAACAAAAACCUCUACAGCUGCUUCUAAUACUGUCCCACACACACACACAUACACACAAUCAAAUGCUCUGUCCCUCAGAUAAUCACUUAUAUGAUAAACCACUUUCAAGUCACAAAUAAAAGUCUUUGCUUUGA